AUCACCAAGGGCUUGCUUUCAGUGAUUAUGACGGUGUGUCCCCCCGUUGUUGAAUCGGAUCCCAAAAGUCUUGAACGCCAAGCUUCAUGGCGUGAGAGGGAUGAAAUUGCAAAAGGCAUGAUUUUGUUGGGUCUCUCCAACAUGUUAUUUGAUGUCUAUUGCACCCUCCACGGCACGACUAAGGACCUUUGGGAUGAGUUGGAUAGAAAAUAUAAUACUGAUGACCACGGUCUUGAAAAAUAUAUUGUUUCUAAAUUCCUACGAUUUGACAUGAAAGAGGGAAAAUCAGUUUUAGAACAGACACAAGAAUUU